AUGGGCAAGCAGGCUGCCAUUCAGCAGGCUGCACAGUGGCAGAGAAGACAUGGCCAGUCAGAAUCCUCCCUGCAUCGGGGCACUCACUUGGGGCUGUGCCUGGUGUGGGGAGACCCUGCUGGGAUCUUUGAGCUUGUGGAGGUGGUCGGCAAUGGAACCUACGGACAGGUGAGAUGAAUGGUGUGGAAGUAUGACGGUCAGCAUGUCAAGUCUGGGCAGCUGGCUGCCAUCAAGGUCAUGGAUGUUAUGGAGGACGAGGAGGAAGACAUCAAACAGGAGAUCAACAUGCUGAAAAAAUACUCUCACCACCGCAACAUUGCCACCUACUAUGGAGCCUUCAUCAAGAAGAGCCCCCUGGGAAACGAUGACCAGCUCUGGCUGGUGAUGGAGUUCUGUGGUGCUGGUUCAAUGACUGACCUGGUAAAGAACACGAAGGGCAACGCCCUGAAGGAGGUCUGUAUCACCUAUAUCUGCAGGGAGAUCGUCAGGGGUCUGGCCCAUCUCCAUGCACACAAGGUGAUCCAUCGAGACAUCAAGGGGCAGAAUGUGCUGCUGACAGAGAAUGCUGAGAUCAAGCUAGUGGAUUUUGGGGUGAGUGCUCAGCUGGACUGCACCGUGGGCAGCCGGAACACUUUCACUGGGACUCCCUACUGGAUGGCUCCAGAGGUCAUCGCCUGUGAUGAGAACCCUGAUGCCACCUACAGUUACAGGAUAUGGAGUGGAAAUGACAUUUAGUCUCUAGGAAUCACAGCCAUCGAGAUGGCAGAGGGAUCCCCCGUAACUCUGUGUGACAUGCACCCCAUGCGAGCCCUCUUCCUCAUUCCUCGGAACCCUCCGCGCAGGCUCAAGUCCAAGAAGUGGUCUGAGAAGUUCAUUGACUUCAUUGACACAUGUCUCAUCAAGACUUACCUGAGCUGCCCACCCACGGAGCAGCUACUGAAGUUUCCCUUCAUCUGGGACCAGCCCACGGAGCGGCAGGUCCACAUCCGGCUUAAGGACCACAUUGACCGAUCCUGGAAGAAGCGAGGUGAGAAAGAGGAGACAGAAUAUGAGUACAGCAGCAGCGAGGAGGAAGAUGACAGCCAUGGAGAGGAGGGAGAGCCAAGCUCCAUCAUGAACGUGCCCAGAGAGUCGACUCUAUCUACCGGCUGUUUACCUGAGCCCAGCCCUGCGGGUCCUUGGAUGGGGAUGGGUAUAGUUGCAGAAACAAGCGGAAGCCGGUCUCUCUCACCACCCUCCGUGAAGAGCUCCCCUCCUUGGAGCUCCCCUCCCUGUCCACGGAGGGACAGUGCUGACACGAUGUCCGGUAUGGUUCUUAAGACCACCUGGAUCUCCCCACAGCAACAGCGGUGGGAGCGGGAGCAGCGGAAGCUGCAGGAGAAGGAGCAGCAGCGGCGGCUGAAGCACACGCAGGCUCUGCGGCGGGAGGAGGAGCGGCGGCAGGCGGAGCGCGAGCAGGAAUACAAGUGGAAGCAGCUGGAGGAGCAGCGGCAGUCAGAUCAUCUCCAGAGGCAGCUGCAGCAGGAGCAUGCCUACCUCAAGUCCCUGCAGCAGCAGCAACAGCAGCAGCAGCUUCAGAAACAGCAGCAGCAGCAGCUCCUGCCUGGGGACAGGAAGCCCCUGUACCAUUAUGGUCGGGGCAUGAAUCCUGCUGACAAACCAGCCUGGGCCCGAGAGGUAGAAGAGAGAACAAGGAUGAACAAACAGCAGAACUCUCCCUUGGCCAAGAGCAAGCCAGGCAGCACGGGGCCUGAGCCCCCCAUCCCCCAGGCCUCCCCCGGGCCUCCAGGACCCCUUUCCCAGAUUCCUAUGCAGAGGCCAGUGGAGCCCCAGGAGGGACCGCACAAGUCCCUGCAGGACCAGCCCACCCGAAACCUGGCUGCCUUCCCAGCCUCCCGUGACCCCGAUCCUGCCAUCCUUGCAUCCACUGCCACACCCAGUGCCCGAGGAGCUGUCAUCCGCCAGAAUGCAGACCCCACCUCUGAAAGACCUGGCCCCAGCCCGAACCCCUCAGCCUGGGUCUGCCCAGAUAAUGAGGCCCCACCCAAGGUGCCUCAGAGGACCUCAUCUAUCGCCACUGCUCUUAACACCAGUGGGGCUGGAGGGUCGCGGCCAGCCCAGGCAGUCCGUGCCAGACCUCGCAGCAACUCCGCCGGGCAAAUCUAUCUGCAAAGGCGGGCAGAGCGGGGCACCCCAAAGCCUAUGGGGAGCUGCAAGACCUUGUCUGACCCAGCGUUCUGGAUGGCUCAGGCGACCCUCAUGGGGAAGAUCUCUCUCGGGCUCACCCUGCGCCUGUGGGACGUGUAUUUGCUGGAUGGAGGACAGGUGUUGAUGCCAAUAACAAGCAUUACCUUUAAGGUUCAGAAGAAGCGCCUCAUGAAGACGUCCGGGUCUGGACUGUGGGCAUGUUUUCGGAACCAGUUCUUCCACACUUGGGCCAUAGAUGAUGACACUGUGCUCAAGCAUCUUAGGGCCUCUACGAAGAAACUAACAAGGAAGCAAGGGGACCUGCCACCGCCAGACCCCAAGGACUCCAGAGAUGCCUCGGCACCCAGUCCUGUGCCGGCUUCACGUGGCAGGAAGACCCUCUGCAAGGGGGACAGGCAGGCCCCUCCAGGCCCACCAGCCCAGUUCCAGUGGCCCAUUUCGCCAUGGGCACCUCGUUCUUCCACACCCUGUCCUGGUGGGGCUGUCUGGGAAGACACCUACCCUGUGGGCACUCAGGGUGUGCCCAGCCCGGCCCUGGCUCAGGGAGGACCUCAGGGUUCCUGGAGAUUCCUGGAGUGGAACUGGAUGCCUCGCCUCCCAACGGACCUGGAUGUAGGGGGCCCUUGGUUCCCUCAUUAUGAUUUCGAACAGAGCUGCUGGGUCCGUGCCAUAUCCCAGGAGGACCAGCUGGCCACCUGCUGGCAGGCUGAACACUCUGCGGAGGGGGUAAGAUUGGCUUUCACUGCACUGAGCCACAAUGUGGACAUGGACUCCCGGGCCUGUAGUGCACCCAGCACUGAUUCCGACCAGGACACCCCCUUCAGAGCUAGGGACAAACAGCAGUGUGCUACCACCUCAGGGCCUUGCCUCUGCCACCUCUACUUGGAAAGUUCUCAGUUCCCUCCAGGCUUCUAG